GAGUCAUGUGUUCCAGUUUCCAAAUAAUUUCCUUACUCCAUAGCCUUCACACCAUUAUCAAAAUAUAGUUUUGUUAUUUUCUUCAACUAUCAAGAUUCUUUUCAUAAUCACAAUCGACUAACUGCAGAGAGACAUCUCACUAUGAUGGAUCUAACAACGUUCAUGGAUCAGUACUUGUCAUUAGCUAGAAUUGCAGGCUUAUUAGCUAUGUUAUCUCUCUUCUAUUAUUCAUGGAUCACAGUUAUAAGGUCGUCAAGGAAUACGAAACUAUCACCACCUGAAGUUGCAGGUGCCUGGCCUAUAUUAGGCCAUCUUCCUCAGCUACUAGGAUCAAGACCUCUAUUCAAAAUCCUUACAGACAUGUCUGACAAUUAUGGUCCUAUCUUCAUGGUCCGGUUUGGUAUGCAUCCAACCUUGGUGGUAAGCAGUUGGGAGAUGGCUAAAGAGUGCUUCACCACCAACGACAAGUUCCUCGCUGGCCGCCCAUCGGGUGCUGCCAACAAGUACCUCACUUUUGGCUUGUUCGGUUUUUCUACGUAUGGUCCUUACUGGCGAGAGCUCCGUAAGAUCUCUACCCUCCAUCUACUCUCACAUAGGCGUGUCCAGCUUUUCAAGCAUGUUCCUUACUUGGAGAUCGGCAACUGCAUGAAACACUUGCAUCGACGCUGGAUGAGAAGUCCAAACAAAAUGAAGCAAAAUGACACAGCAGCUGGUUCAGUUAAAGUCGAUAUGAGCCAACUAUUUGGAGAGCUAACCUUGAAUGUUGUGUUGAAUUUAGUUGCUGGAAAAUCAAUUUUUUUCAAGAACGACAAUAAUCAUGAAUAUGAAUCCAAAGAUGGUCCUAACAAAGAGGAAGAAGAAGGUCAAAAGCUCCAUAAGACCAUUAUAGAAUUCUUCAUACUAACAGGAACUUCGGUGGCAUCAGAUGCUCUUCCAUUCCUUGGGUGGCUGGAUGUGGAUGGACAGAAGAAACGUAUGAAAAGGGUAGCCAAGGAUAUGGAUUUCAUUGUUGCAAAGUGGCUUGAAGAGCAUCGACACCAAAGAAGACAGACGAUACUAUCAAGCUCAGCAGCCGGAGGAAGUAAUCAUGACGAUGCGAAAGAUUUCAUGGACGUGUUGAUGUCAGUUCUUGAUGGGGAAAAUAAUGAACUUUUCUUUGGUUACAGCCGUGACACUGUAAUCAAAAAAACAUGUCUGCAAAUGAUAAUAGCUGCCUCAGAUACCACGUCACUUACAUUGACAUGGGCUCUCGCACUAUUAAUCACCAAUCCAACUGUCUUAAGAAAGGCUCAGGAUGAGCUCGAAACUAAAGUAGGAAAGGACAGAAACUUAGAGGAGCACGACAUCAAUGAUCUUGUCUACCUCCAAGCAAUUGUUAAGGAGACUUUCCGGAUGUACGCUGCUGCCCCACUCGACGUACCCCACGAGGCUAUCGUGGACUGCAAUAUUGGUGGAUAUAAAGUGAGAGCAGGCACACGUUUGAUGGUCAAUCUAUGGAAAAUGCACCGUGAUCCUCGAGUGUGGUCAAAACCGUUAGAGUUCAAGCCGGAGAGGUUUCUUGCUCAACCUGAUAGUGGUUCUGGUGGUGAGGCAGCAAACUUGGACUUCAGAGGCCAAAAUUUUGAGUAUCUACCAUUUGGUUCAGGGAGAAGGAUGUGCCCAGGGAUUGACUUCGCCCUCCAAACGGUUCAUAUGGCACUUGAUCGCCUGCUUCAUGCGUUCGAUUUUGACAAUGACUCAGCAGGACUUGUAACAGACAUGACGGAAGGUUCAGGUUUAACUAUGCCCAAGUUAACCCCACUAGAGAUUUACCUCCGCCCACGCCUCCCAGCCAAACUUUACUAGAUGGAGCAGCCAGGAUGUAAGUGUCUUCUUAUAUUCUAUUCCAAAUAAAAAGAUAACUUGAUCAAGUGUCUAACGGAUUUAAGUUAAAUUUGUACUCUGCUUCCUAACAUAUUGAAUUUGUUAUGAAGUAGUAAUAAUUAACUGGAGGUAAAUUUAAUUAAUGACAUACUAGUAUAACACGCA